AUGGCGGCUAAUGCUAGCGAGCUCGAAAUAGCAAAAAAAAAUCUUACUGAUGCCAUUGGGGAUAAUCUUAAGCAUUACUGGGCAAAUCUGAAGCUCUGGUUCAAGCAGAAAAUCAGCAAAGAAGAAUUUGACAUUGAGGCACGACGUCUGCUUGCACAAGACAAUGUUCACUUUCACAAUGAUUUUCUCCUGGCCAUUCUCACUCGCUGCCAGAUCAUCGUCUCCACACCAGAGGGCGUACCGCUACAGUGGUCAAGUGGCCCCACUUCAAAACCAGGAAAACCCAAGGUGAAGAAAAAAAGUACCUCAAGGCAAAGAUUUGAUCAUAGAUUUCAACCUCAGAAUCCACUGAGUGCGGCACAGCCUUUCAGUCCACGGGAGGCAGGUGGAGAGGAGGAGGAGCUGCGUCUCAGUGCACAUACUUUGCUUCUCCCCUCACGAGGUCAGCUGGAGGCCCGAAUGAUGGUCACAGCCUUUGAACUAGGUCUGGACAACAUUACAGAGGAGGCUGUUAACAUAAUGGUCCACGCAAUUGAGCAUCAUCUGAAAGAUGUCUUGACAGCAGUGAUCACCCGAAGAAAAGCCUAUCGGUUGCGUGAUGGCAAUUUCCCUUAUGCUUUUGGUAACGAUGUGAUGCCUCAACCGUAUUUGAAAAAUAGUCUUGCAGCUUAUCAAAAUGUUAUGGAAUGCCCACCCCCAAGUGCCUCUCUUCCUGCUGGUCCUCCAGUUCUGACAUCCCCAGAUGAAGCUGAACAACAAGCUAUUCAUUUAUUAGCCUGCUCUGCCAAUACUUUUCCUGCAUCCCUACCUCCAAUCAACAUGUUUGAUCUUUUAGAAGCAUUACAAGUAAACCGCGGUGUGAUGCCUUCCCAUACAAUGAAGGUGAUUCAGACACAUCCAGACCAUAGACGUAUGAUCCAGACACUGGGUCGUCACCGCCUUUUACCAUAUUUGGUUUUGUGUUGCACUUCCGACGCGCCUCUAUCCAAUGAAGGAGCUCGCUGGUUCACGCUGUCAGCUGGUGACUCACCCGUCCCUCCUGUGCCUUCAUAA